ACGCUUUAUCUAUCGAACUGGUUGAGAAAUGACGGGUUAAUGGACAGCUAAUAAUCAUUCUGAAGGGGUGGGGAGAUCGAACAUCGAUCCAUUGUUCACGGUUUCACGAAGCAUGCAGCUGUCUGCCUCAGCAGAGCAGAGCUAGCAGCGACAGCUAACGUUACCGUGAAAAUGGCAAGCACCGUUUUAGAAGUCGGCACGGGCGUCUUCGUCAUUGCGAUCGUUUGGAUUGUAUUUCUUGUAUUUGGGAUGAUGCUGCUGAGAGCAUCUGUAUCUGCAAAGUUAGGCAUUAUCCCCAUGUUCUUACUGGCUCUCACCAUCACUCUGGUGCUGGUGUUGUUCCCGCGCAGCCCAGAGACAACCCCCCCUUUCAAAGAGAUAGAGAUAGUGGACACUUUGUUCAUCGGACGCUACGUGCUGCUGGCGGUGGUGAGCGCGGUCUUUCUGGUGGUGUUCUUCAUGCUGCUCCCCUUUCAUUUCCUGGAGCCCGUGUAUGCCAAGGCCUUAAGAACGCAGUAGAGCUGCCAGGGUCAGAGCUGGCACGGGGAUCACAUCGCUGAUGUACACAACUUAAGAGAAGCAGGGCAUGACGAGAGGCCCCCGCUUCACAGAAUGCCUCCCAAACAGAGACAGCAGGAGAGCAGUGUCUUCUUUCUUCAUCGCCAACUGUUUAUGUACAACCAGCAGAAAUAAAUAUCCAACAGUACCCAGCUUGUUUUAUUGUAUCAUUCAAUACAUGAGAUGAAGAAAAUGUUUUUUCACUAUUUAUACUACAGUACUAAAAGUGUUCAAUACUCCCUCUACCUUUUUUUUAAAGAAAAAGGAUUGAACUUGAUUUUGUCAAGUUAGGGUGUUAGUAACAUGCACCCUGUAGAAUGAGUCAGUGCACUGAGAGAACGUUUAUUCAAAUCCUAAAUGCAUCUCAUGUCAUGUUUACGGGUGUUUGAAUCUGGGAGAUUGCAUUUGUGUCUUUUCUGACUAAACAUUGUUAAUACAGGGAAUCUUUUUUUAUUACUAAUUUCAAUUGUAGCUAUGCAUUACUUCACCUUAAUGAUAACUUGUGGCUAAUAAACAUGUUUAUUCUGUA